AUGGGCCGAUCCCUCCCCGAGAUCCGGAAGCGAUUGUUUAGAUCGUUCUGGCAAGCUGCUUGCAACUCUGAGCGUCAAGACAGGUGGUUCUUGGCUGGGAGCGACAGCGUCGUCCCGACGACUUCCGCAAAGAAAAGCUGGAUCCAACCAGCCGCAUCCUCAUCGGCAAAGAAAUUGAGUAGUGGAUCGAUAAAGAAAGACAGUGUGAGAAAGACCUCGGCUGGGACACCGUCCUCUAGUAAAAACCCUGCAGAUCUGAAGAAAAUCCAGAGCCUCACCGUCAUCGAGCUCAGCAGGAGCUUGAUGGGUAGAAAACAAGGUCAACUCUUGACAACGCGCCGAAAGCUCUGGCGCGACGAUGGGUCUGGGAAA